UGCUUCCUGCAACAUUACGGCAACAAACAAGCAUUGGCAACUGAAGAUCCAUUUAGUCAAUCGUCUCACUGCCGCUAUCCAUCCAACCUAUACCCGUUUCACUUCCCAAUUUCUUUCUUUUUUUCCUUCUCUUCUCUCAAUUCUACACAACAGACCUAUUAUGCCAACCGCCGCUGUACUCAACCCACAUCCACAUCCCUUUACUCAACAUCUUCCCAUCGACGCACCUUUACAGCACAUCAGUGAGCCCCUCGUCGCCCCCGCGAUGCCUCACGCCCACGAGACGAAGCCCCUCUGGCUCGUCCAGCCACGCCUCGACGCCGGCGAGUACCGCGACAAGCUCAUCGGCAGCGUCGUCAAAUACCCAGACCUCCCCACCGAGCGCCACAUCCCCUACCGCGAGGGCACAAAGAUGCCCCGAGAACUGGUCCCCAGCCUCGACCCCAAGCCGGUGCAGGUCCGCGACGUAAAGUUCUGGACACGGCGUAUCAAGGACGCCGGCGUCUCGGCGAAGCUCAAUGAGAUUCUCGAUGCGUUUGUUGAUAGGGCAAAGGAGGAUACCAGCGAGAAGAUGGCCACUGUGGCGCGGGUGUGGCAUAUGGAUUCGCCGGGCGAGAAGUUCAAGCAGCUCUUGAAGAACACGCAGUAUUUCGAGGAGUUGUUCGACCUAUUACGGGAGAACCACGGGCAAGGCUACUUCAUCACCGACAUUGUCACCCUCACAAAUAUGGAAAUCAGCGAUUCCUCAGGCCGCACAUCGGGUGUUGGCGCAGAAAUAAAGGUCCCCGUGCCGGAUCCCAGCUUCAACCUCAAUGUCGGUGCCGGCGGCCGCUUCCAAGUCCAUCGCGAGAAGGGAUACUCUGCGUGUUAUGAAGAAGAGACUAUCAUCUUCCUCGGAUACCGGCUCGUGCGGCUCGAAAAGGUGGAGGGCACGAGAGCGAAGCUGGGUCGAAUGUUCCUCGGCAACAAGAGCGGCUUUACAGUUCGAGAUGGAUUCGACUAUUGGCCCGAAAUGGUGGAGAGGGCCGUGGAGGGAAACUCGGAGCCUUUCCUCGGAGGCAUGGAUGAGAUAAGGAAGCCUGAGGUAGAAACAAAGAGGGUUGAGGAUGAGAUGAGGAAGCCUGAAGAAGAUGAAAGUGCCGAGUUUGACGCAAUAGUGGAGGAACUGGGAUACGACUUUGAAGUGGUAGGAUAAAACAACCUGGAACAUGGGAAAAUUUUAUCCAGUAUCGCAGUUCUGUUAUCCAGCUGCUGCUACUGCUGCUGGAUAGCUUUCCCCUGAAAGAACCAGACGGCUUUGGCCUUGCAUAAACUCAUUUAGCGUUACGAAACUCAUGAUUACGUUACGGAAAGCAUUGAAGCACGCGAAAUAGCGGCAUCUGAGCUGGACUGAGACCUAAGAUCUAGUGGUUUUAGCCAGUGAAAUUAUAUUCUAAUAGUUAUAGCUAGAAAAAUGAUAUUUAGCUAAGGACAUUUGAUUUCUUCAUGCAA